UUGACAAUAUUUUUGAACUUUCGAUCCUCGCCUCGAUGGAAACCCUGGACGCAUUGUGAUUCAUUCCCCAUAGAUGUAUUAUCCUCUUAUAAAGGAAAACAGAAAAGAGCAAUUAGAGAGAGAUUUUUGAAGAAAGGACGUGCGGAAGCAAACGUAUAGCAGAUCACCAUGGGAGCUCUCGAUCACAAACUGGUGUUUGCAUUUGCUUUCCUCGCGGUGACGGUCCCGGUUCUGAGAGCCAACAUCGCCGACUUCGACGAGGUGUGGCAGAAGCGAGCCGAAGAAGCCAAGAAAGCUGCCAUGGAGGCCUAUGAGCCCGACCCGGGUAAGGUGGCCGAGGAUUUCAACCAACGCGUGCAUGAGGACAUGCAUGAGAGUAAUAACACAAGGAGGAGCUUGAAGAGAUCUAAGGGCGGAUGCUUGGCCACGAACCCAAUCGACCGGUGCUGGCGAUGCCGAAAAGAUUGGGCCAACCACCGCAAGAGGCUGGCCAAUUGUGCCCUUGGCUUUGGCCGUGGGACCACGGGAGGCAAGGCCGGAAAGAUCUACAAGGUGACCGAUCCAUCCGAUGACAACCUAUUGAACCCCAAACCCGGAACGCUACGCUUUGGCGUGAUCCAGCCCGAACCGUUGUGGAUCAUAUUCGCCCACAACAUGGUCAUCCGGCUCUCCGAAGAGCUCAUCAUGACGGACAACAAGACGAUCGACGGCCGCGGCACCAAUGUGCACAUCUGCGAUGGGGCCCAGAUCACCCUGCAGUUCGUGAAGAACGUGAUCAUCCACGGCAUCCACAUCCACGACACCCACCCCGGGAACGGCGGGCUCAUCAGGGACUCUCUGGAUCACUUCGGAGUCCGCACGCAGAGCGACGGCGACGGCAUCUCCCUGUUCGGUGCCACCAACGUUUGGAUCGACCACGUGUCCAUGUCGCACUGCUACGACGGACUGAUCGACGCGAUCGAGGCGUCCACCGCCGUCACCAUAUCUAACUGCCAUUUCACCAGGCACAACGAGGUGAUGCUAUUUGGGGGGAGCGACAGCUACUCGGAUGAUGCACGCAUGCAGAUAACAGUGGCGUUCAACCACUUUGGGCAAGGGCUGGUCCAGAGGAUGCCGAGGUGCAGGUGGGGCUUCGUUCAUGUGGUCAACAAUGACUACACUCAUUGGCUCAUGUAUGCCAUCGGUGGGAGCCAGCACCCCACCAUCAUCAGCCAGGGCAAUCGUUUCAUUGCCCCCUUGGAUCCAGAUUGUAAGGAGGUGACCAAGAGGGACUAUGCGCCUGAGAGUAUGUGGAAGUCGUGGACAUGGAGAUCGGAGGACGACCUGAUGCUGAACGGGGCCUUCUUUGUCGAGUCCGGGAGCCCAAUCCGGAACGUCAACAAGAACAACGUGAUCAAGGCAAAGCCGGGUACAUUCGUGACGAGGCUCACGCGCUUCGCAGGUGCCCUCGACUGCGUAAAGGGCAAACCGUGUUGAGACGCGCACAAAGUUGUACAUACAGACAAUCGCAACGAAGGAAGCGAAGAACCCUGUCGUCACUAGACAGAGGUUUGGAGACGUAGGUAUACAUUAGAUCAAGGUCACUCCUUUUGAGUUAUUUGAUUUGAUUGUACAGCUGACGAGAGUGUUUUUGGGUCAAGAAGGAUGCUGAAUCAAAAUACCGGAGGAAAUGCUGGACAAAACCCAGUUAAGCUGCUCCAUCAUGUUCUUGUGACAUUAGAAAGUGUAUCUAAAAUAUUAUUCUUUACCCUCUUUCAUUUACGAAUAGAUUCUCCUAUCGACA